AUGGAAGAGAAACUGUACCGUGAGGCCUAUGAGGAGAUCACCUUGUUUCUGCACAGCUCGCCGAGAGUGAAGUCUAUUGCGAUAGACCGCUACGUUGACCUGCACAAAUGGUACCAAAGUAAGACAUGGGAGACACACCUGUAUGCGACACUUGACCCAUCUAGUAUUGACGUCACACAAGGACAGCUCGAUAAACACCAGGAAGCAGCUAAAUAUGCUCUCAUCGUCUACCGGCUUAGUGACUUCUCCGAUGACAUAACGUGGAAGAUCACUUUCAGCACACUCGAAGAGCAGCAUUUAUUCCUCCGGCUUCUGCACCUUGAUGAUACAAAUGAAGAAUACAAACAGCUUGCGUCGGAGAAAGACAAGACCAAGAACGAAGGGUCCUCGUCGCGAUCAGGAACGACACCUCUUUCGGAGAAGAAUACCACCCCGGCCGUUGAAAACAAAAAGGAAUUGGAUUUAAAUGCAGUAUUUUGGAGAAAAUUUGAUGCAGCAUUUCGCAGAGAAUCUGCUAGGAUUGCAGGCCAUCUCAACUUAUGGUUAGCGGAGACCAGGGUCGAGAAUAGAAAUUCCGGUUCAUGA